UAAAUUCAAUCAAACACAUGCUUAAUUUAUUCCAGAAAAGAGAAAAAGAAGCAAACACCAACACUGCAAAUUCGUCUUGAACAUCGAAAUUUCCGGCGCAGAACACCCUAUGAUGGCUACCGACAAUUCCGAAGUCUAUCACGAAAGGCAAAGAUUACAGUUUUGUCUCGUUCAUUCUCUCAACUCCCUUUUUCAGCAAAAGGAUGCUUUUACUAGAGCAAAAUUGAAUGAAAUUUCUGAAAGACUCGCAAUUCAAGACUCCAACACAGAAACGUGGACCCCAUUCUCUUUUAUAUUCAAGCCCCAUCACAAUGUUUUCACUGGAAACUAUGACGUAAAUGUUCUAAUUGCGGCUUUGGAAGAGAAAGGAAAGAGUGUGGAGUGGCAUGAUCGCAGAAAGGGGGCAUCUUGCAUUGAUCUUGAUGCACCAGUUUUGAUGGGGAUUGUGAUCAAUGUGUCAGCGUCUAGGUUUGCUGGGAUUUGGAGAAGUAGGCACUGGAUUGCAUUGAGGAAGAUUAACGGGGUUUGGUUUAACUUGGACAGUGACCUUGACGCCCCUCAACCUUUUCUUGAUACACAUGAAGUAAGGAAGUUCUUGGAUUUUACAUUGGCAGAAGGAGGAGAGGUUUUGAUUGUCUUGAAUGAGAAACAGUCUUGCUUGAAACUGCUUCUGGAGGAUGUUCUUAAUAGGAGAUUGUAUCUUUUCUGCAAUACACUUGUUAAGCUGAAAUUCUGCUUCCAAAGUCUCCCCUACAAUCCCUCAACUUUAUAUAACAUCAUCAUUGCGCUCUCUCCUAAUGCUAUCAUCAUUCAAACAGGAAUAAGCAACAAAAUGAGUCACAGUGGCUACAUCAAUGAAAAAACAGGCUUGUCCUUGAGACAGAAUUCCAGCAGGAAAUCAACCAGAAAUGGACAAGUGAAGAGUUGCAUGUUCAGGAUUCCUUGGCAGUCUGAGACCUCUCCCGUUGAACUUGUGAAGGAUCUUGCAGAAAGAGUAACUAAUGCUCUACGCUUGAUGUCUUCAAGGAGAUCUUUACACCGAGGCUCUUCUUCCCUAACAAGAUCAAAAUCAGCAGGCUCCUCUGUUGAUUUUCAUAGAACUGCUGCUGUUGAGGAUUGCAUUGAGUUCAUCCACUCUUCUUUUUCAAGAUCAAACUCCUCAACCACAGCACCCCGCCAAGAUUCUAUACAAGCUCCUUGAUUAUAGACAGUUACAAUCAUGUGCUUGAUACCAUGUUUAAGUGUAUAUCUUCCUUUCUUCUCUCACCUCAUAAUGAUGGGAAUUAAGCCAUCCUUUUAUGCUUCUGUACAAACAGAAUCUGUGUAUAUUCAUUCUUCUGAUAAAUUUCUUACAAGGUGUUUUAAGUUUCAAUGAAACAAAUGCAAUAAUCUACGUUUUUCUAAGAAAUAUUAU